CCCCUAACCUUAUUAUUGCCUUGCCUCGUCGGGUCUUUCUAUUAUACAAUGACCAUUAUACCCUUCUCAGACCGACUCAUCAUCAUUCUUCCUCUUCCAACGACGGUUUUGAAUUUUGCACAAAUUUCCCCAAAUUGGGAAAGAAAACUCUAUGAAAUCUCCAUGAGAAUCUUCUCCAUCUGAGUCCAAAAAUCACGGGCCACCAAUGACCAGACCCAGCCGAUCAUCAUCAAGCCCCAACACGAACCCAGAUCGAAUCGAAUCACCAACGAGCUCGAGAUCGGUGACACAAACCGUGAACGGAUCGCACCAAUUCGUGAUCCAAGGAUACAGUUUAGCCAAAGGGAUUGGAGUAGGGAAACACAUAGCAAGUGAUAACUUCUCCGUCGGAGGUUAUCAAUGGACUAUCUUUGUCUACCCAGAUGGUAAGAACCAAGAGGACAGCUCUUCUUACGUCUCUGUGUUCAUCGUUCUCGCUAGUGAAGGUACUGAAGUUAGAGCGCUUUUUGAGCUUUCCCUUGUUGAUCAAAGUGGUAAAGGGAAGCAUAAGGUUCACAGCCAUUUCGAUCGUUCACUUGAUGGUGGUCCUUACACUCUUAAAUAUAGAGGAAGUAUGUGGGGAUACAAGCGUUUCUUCAGACGUUCCUUGCUUGAGACAUCUGACUACCUGAAAGACGAUUGUUUGAAAAUCAAUUGUACAGUUGGAGUUGUUGUUUCAGAAAUACAUUGUCCACGGCUACACUCUAUACAUGUCCCUGAUUCAGAACUUGGAUCACAUUUUGGCAAGUUGCUGGAUACUUUGGAAGGCUCGGAUGUCAAAUUUGACAUUGCUGGUGAGAAGUUUCAAGCUCAUAAAUUGGUUUUGGCUGCACGAUCUUCGUUUUUCAGAUCAAAGUUUUACAAUAUGCCAGAAGCUAACAACAAUGAGCUAGUUAUCAGCGAUUUGGAACCUAAGGUCUUCAAGGCCUUGUUACACUUCAUGUAUAAAGACUCUCUCUCGGGAGAUGUGGAACCAGUUACGGCUCAUUCAUUUGGCCUAUUAAAGCUGUCCGAGAUAGAUGAGACACUGAUCGUAAAGCUUUUGGCUGCUGCGACCAAAUACAAUCUGAGUAGGCUCAGAUCAUUGUGUGAAUCUCACAUCUGCAAAGCCGUAUCUAUCAGCUCCGUAUCCAAGAUCUUAGCUUUAUCCGACAGAUAUAAUGCAACUGAACUAAAAAGCGUUUCCCUAAACUUCGCUGCAGAAAACCUAGCAGGUACGAUCAAGAUAUAGCUUUAAUGAGACCAUGUU